ACUUCCUUCCUCUGAAGUGUGAUGCAUGUGGGGAGGUCUUCUGUAAAGAUCACAUCCGUUACGAUGACCACAAGUGUAGAUCUGCCUACAAGAAAAAUGUGCAGGUUCCAGUGUGUCCCCUCUGUAAUGUACCUAUCCCAGUGCAGAAGGGUGAAAUACCAGAUAUUGUGGUUGGAGCUCAUAUGGAUAAGGACUGCAAAUACAAUCCAGCACAGCAGAAGCAGAGGAUCUUCACAAACAAGUGCUUAAAGCCAGGCUGCAAAAGGAGAGAGAUGAUGAAGGUAGUUUGUGAACAAUGCGGUGGGAACUUCUGCAUAAAACAUCGGCAUCCUCUGGAUCACGACUGUAAAAGGAGCAGCCACCCCAUGUCCAAGGCAGGGUAUGCAGCUCUGACCAGAGCCUCUCAAACCGCCUUCAAGUCAACGGGAGCAAUAGGAGUGCCCUCUAAUGGGAGUCUUCAGCACAACAGGUAUAACCUGUAGAAGAAGAAAAGACAAACACUGUUUAAAAAUAGUCUUGUGUCAACACAGCGUAGGAGUGCCACUGUCAUACCUCUCGCUGCUCUGGAGUUGGUAGUUGACCUUUAA